AUGCCUCCGAAGCGAAAGAGAGCCGAAGACCAUCCGGCGCGCGAAGAUGCGCCGCGCCGCAGCAGCAGGCGGGUCAAGGAGCCGCCUACUGUCGUGAAAGCCUCGAGCGUCUCCAAAACUGGCCUUCUCGACGAUAGCUCCCCCAAGGCGAGGCGCGCAGUCGAACGCGCCAUGCUCGAGCUAAGCGAGAUGGAGCACAAGCUACAGGAUGAUACUCGACGACAGCGCCUUGCCAUUCAGAGCUCCAGCUUCCGCGUCGAUGCCGAGGACGCCACCAGGGUCGCGUUCCAGACCUAUUCCUCGGUGCCAGCCGAGGAGAUGGUCCCCGACACCGCUCUGGGCAAGGCAAACGGCACCAAUUCGGAUGACGAAAUUGGCAAUGACCGUGACUCGGAGUACGUCAUCAGCAACAAGGACGAGGGGGGCGAUGUUGCUGCAGAACGAGGCGCGAAGAGGCCGCCCCCGGUCAACAGUGAGAAACUGCCUCUGCCGUGGUCGGGUCGCCUGGGUUACGCGUGCCUAAACACCUAUUUGAGAUCCGCGAACCCACCGGUAUUCUCCUCUAGGACCUGCAGGAUCAGCUCCAUCCUCGAGCACCGGCACCCCCUCCAGGAUCCUUCCCAGCCCGAGCACCCGACCAAGAAUCGCCCCGACACGAGCAAGCCCGCAGACGUCACCCGCGGCCUCAAGUACGUUCAGGACCUAGGCCUCGCCAACGCCAGGGACAUCGUCAAGAUGCUGCGCUGGAACGACAAGUACGGCAUCAAGUUCAUGCGGCUUAGCAGCGAAAUGUUCCCUUUUGCGAGCCACGAUCAGUACGGCUACAAGCUGGCACCCUUUGCCUCCGAAGUGCUGGCCGAGGCUGGCAGGGUAGCUGCUGAAUUGGGCCACCGCCUGACUACGCACCCAGGCCAGUUCACGCAGCUUGGGAGCCCGAGAAAGGAGGUUGUCAGGGCCGCCAUCCGUGACCUGGACUACCACGACGAGAUGUUGUCGCUGCUCAAGCUGCCGGACCAGCAGAACCGCGACGCGGUCAUGAUCCUUCACAUGGGCGGCAUGUUUGGCGACAAGGAAGCAACACUUAACCGGUUCAGAGAAAACUAUGCCCUUUUGUCGGACAGCGUCAAGCGGCGCCUGGUCUUGGAAAAUGACGACGUGUCCUGGAGUGUGCACGACCUGCUCCCGAUCUGCGAGGAGCUCAACAUUCCCCUCGUCUUGGACUACCACCACCACAACAUCGUCUUCGAUCCGUGCAUGCGGGAGGGAACGCUGGACAUUAUGCAGCUGUACGACCGCAUCCGCGCAACGUGGACGAGGAAGCGCAUCAACCAGAAGAUGCACUACAGCGAAGCGACGGCGGCGGCGGUGACGCCGCGCGAGCGGAGAAAGCACUCGGCACGAGUUAAGACGCUGCCGCCCUGCCCGCCGGACAUGGACCUCAUGAUCGAGGCCAAGGACAAGGAGCAGGCCGUGUUCGAGCUGAUGCGGACGUUCCGGCUACCCGGCUGGGACCGCUUUAACGCUUUGGUGCCGCACGAGCGGGAUGACGAGCCGCGCAAGGAGGUGGUCCGCAAGGCCAAAGGGAAGAAGAAGGGCGCCAAGAGUGGCGAGGAUGAAGAUGAGGUGCUGGUGCCGGAGAAGAUGGUGAGCCCGGAGAGGGUAUCGAUGGGCGGGCCAGAGGGCAGGGUGUACUGGCCCGAGGGAAUGGAGGAGUGGCUGCGGCCAAAGAAAAGAGAGGUGAAGAAGAAAGUCGGCGUAAAGGACGAGUAA